CCACACUUCCAAAUUGAGAGUCGAGAAGCACGUGAUUGAUCCCGUUACCUGUCAAGCCACAACCAAACCCAACCCAACAACACUAGCCACAAUCACAUAUCAUCAGCCACACUUCUAACAUUCUAGAAGUACCUUUGUACCCUGAGAGUUUCAGUUCAGCCACAUGGGACCUGAGUGACUGAGGCUCGGGAGCUUUGACCAUGUUUGUAUGACGACCUCAGACUCGAAGGAGGCUGACCAGAAUGCCGAACUAUACGCGUAUUCAUAUACGGAUUUGAACAAAAAGAGCACACUGGGUGCGUCUAUACAAGCGCCCUACCAGUCUGUAAACAAUAUUCCCACCUAGAAUCAUGCGGGCAGAGAGUACAUAAACCGACAACACCGCUUGUUCAAACCACCACCGCCAACCCAUCCGCCAUGUCCGAAGUCGUGGCGGCUCUGCAGCCGCCUGCCCUCGAGAAGACCGGAAUCCCGCUGACACUCCUCCCCGUCGGCCUCAAGGAAGCUGCGCUCGACUCGCCCACCUUCCGCGCCACAGCCGUUCACUUCUCCGACCAAGUCGAGCUGGUGGAGCGCUGGCUCGAUGCGUAUGUGAAGUCGACGACCAGGUUGAUCCACGAUGUUGGCGCCCUUGAGGAAACUAUCAAUACCUUCCUCAGCCGCUCGAUGCCACCUAUCAAUGUCUCCGAAGCCGUUUUCGAUCAUGACUAUACACUCCUCGCUAUGCAGCGCUUCGGCGAGGGAUCGCGAGACUGGUGGUCACAGUUCGUGGGCGGGGCGAAGCGGAUGGAGACUAUGAUGGUGGAUCCCCUCAAGGCCUUCAUGAGCGGCGAGCUGCGGAAUUUCAAGGAUGCACGGAGAUACCUGGAGCAGUCACAGCGGGUGUUUGAUACGACACUCGCGCGAUACAUGGGACAGUCGAAAACAAAGGAACCGUCGUCGCUGCGGGAGGACGCAUUCCAAGUCCACGAGACGCGCAAGGCAUACCUGAAAGCCUCGCUAGACUUCUGCCUCCUCGCGCCACAGGUGCGAUUCACCCUCGACAAGCUCCUCGUCAAAGUAUCAACAGAGCAAUGGAAGGAUAUGAAGAAGUCACGCGAGCUAGCCGGCGUGAACGCCACACGCUGGAACGCUGAGAUGGAGCGUAUAAAAGGGUGGAGUCGCGAAAUGGAUUCUGGCGAGCACGUGUUCCGCCGUGAGCUGCAGGCGGCUCGGAAGGAGAUCGCGCAGACGGCUAGUGUGGCAGCGCAGCCGUCGCGGGAGCUGGAGGACUAUAAUCUGUCUACUGUGCCGUAUAUUGGGGCCAAGGGACCGUCGCUGCUGAAUCUGCAGGCGAGCUCGAUGUCGGAGAAGCAGGGGUGGUUGUGUCUGCGCGUGAUUUCGGGGAAGCCGGCGAGGACGACGUGGGUGAGGAGGUGGUUUUAUGUGAAGAAUGGGAUUUUUGGGUGGUUGGUGCAGGGGUCGCAGAGUGGUGGGGUGGAGGAGAGUGAGAAGAUUGGGGUGCUGCUUUGUAAUGUGAAGCCUGCCGUUAGUGAGGAUAGAAGGUUCUGCUUCGAGGUCAAGACCAAAAACGCAACGAUCCUGCUACAGGCCGAAACCCAAGGCGAGCUGAUGGAGUGGCUCGAGGGCUUCGAGAUCGCCAAGAACAACGCCAUCAAAGCAAGCGCUGAUGUAUACUACUCAUCCACCGGCCUCGACCCAGCAUUCUCCAUCACACCUCCGUCAGUUCCCGAAUUCGCCGCCAAGACAGAAGGCCAAAUGUCCACCACCGAAGAGUUCACCGCAGCCCCCCUAGACCGUGGAAACACUCUCCCCAUCCCCAGCUUUGAGCUCAGCAACGCCCCCCGCCCUAGCGUCGACGCCUCGACUGCGCGCCGCGGGGGCCGUGAGGAAGGCGAGAGCGGCCGCGAUCACGCUGCGCGAAUUAUUCAGAAACUCGACUUGCACCGUCGCGCGACGGCUAAUGGACAGGAUGCCGUGGCACCUCCGACGCCGAAUCCAUCGUUUGGCGCGAUUGGUGGCAUUGGGAGUCUCAUCUCGGCUAGCCAUAAUAUCUUGCCUGUGUAUGCGCCGCCUGUGCUCACGCAGUCGGGGACGCUGAAGUCACUGCCCGCACCGAGCGAGUUCCACACAAACACUCUCGCGCCGUCCACGCUGGCGAAUCCACCGGCGCCGACGAAUCUGAGUAAGACGGCCGUGGUGGUUAGUGGAGAGCGAGGCAUUGGGCUGGGCAAGAGCGACGCGAGUGGGAGCAUGCCGAAUGGUAUCCUUGCCAAUCUCUGGGGAAGCAGUAAUUGGGGCUACAACAACCGACUCGGAGCUGAUCUUUCGGAACCGCGGAACGUGACGAGGACGCCGUCGCCGAAGCCGCCGGGCGAGGAGGAGGGCAAGACGGUUGAGAAGAUGCUUGUUGCACCGGGGACGGGGACAGCGGUGAGCACCAAUAUCGAGACGGGGGUGAAGGCGCAGCCGCCGUCGCCGCAGCAUCGGAAGGCGUUCAGUGUUGAUACGAUUUCGUCGGCCUCGCAGAUUUCGAAGUCUGCGCAGGCGGGGGGUCCUCAGGCUUUGGUUGUGAGGGGGGAGGAGUAUCCGAGCAACUAUCCGAUUGAAUUGAAGGCGCAAGAAGCGCAGUUUAGGACGCUGUUUGCGGAUGUGCCGAGGGAGGAUAAGGUGGUUCUUGUCUUUCGUGCGACUUGGAAUCCGAAUGAUCAGCAGGAGUUCCCGGGACGUGUUUAUGUUACCCAGAAGGACAUGUAUUUCUACAGUCACCACCUCGGCCUCGUCCUGAUCACCAGCGCCUCACUAGACACCAUCGACGAAGUAACAGCCGCCCCAGGCAAAGACUGCGAUUUCCUAUUCCUCCACCUCAAAGAAAGCGCCAUAACAUCCGACUUCACACGCAUCACCAUCAAGACUUUCCUCGAGCCCCUCCGCCUCCUCCAAUCGCGCCUAAACUACCUCAUCGAGUCCCACCAACAACAAUCUCCCAAAUCCCUCGAGGAAAUCAUGACCGACCUCGUCAAGCUCGAGACAGACGCCCAACCCCCCAGCUCCAGCAACUCAAGCUGGGAAGACCUCUCCCUCCCGACGCUCAACGAACGCCGCGCCAACCGCCGUGAUCGCGAUCUUAAACGCGCUAUUCACGUCUCGCGCGGCGCUACGCUUGAGGCUCCAAGGCCGCCGAAGUUUCAGCUUCCUGCUCAUCCUGUUAUCUAUGAGCCGCCGGAUAUGCCGCAUAAGUCGGUUGAGCGCAUCUUCGAGACGAGUCCGAAAUCCCUCUUUCACGUACUGUUCGGCGAUAAGUCUGCGGUAUUCCAACUCCUCUACCAUGAGAGACGCGCACAGCGUAUCGCCCAGGGACCGUGGACGCCGCUCGAGCGCCAGGGCGACGCGCAAGGGCACAUGCAGCGGGAUUUCUCGUUUCAGAUCGAUUAUACGGAUCUUUUCCGGCGGCAGCGACAGGCUAAUGUUGUUGAUUCCCAGGUCAUCGAUGUGUUGAACGAUCACGUCUGCUAUGUCGUCUCGGACUACAAGACACCCUGGCACUUACCGCAUCACGCGGAUUUCAAGCUUGUGAAAAAGAUUGUUAUUACUCAUGUCGCGAAGUCAAGGUGUAAACUAGCUAUUUUCACUGCAGUGCAGUGGUCGCAUGCACCGGCUUUCUCGAAGGGGUUGGUGGAGCGACAGGCUACGGAUGAUUUGGAUCUUGAUGCACUUGACCUCGCGGAUCUCGUGGCGGAUCAGGUUCGGAAACUGGGACCUUCGGCACGAACGAGGAAGGCUGUGCAGAUCUUUGGACAUGUCGGACAGCAGACGUCUGUAUCCCUCUUCUCCUCAGCUGAUGGCGCGUUGCCUGCCAGACACGCUAUAAAGCAACGAACUCUCGGAACGAUAGUAUGGGAGCGCACGUCUUCUUUCCUCGAGACGGCAGUGAGUGUGAUAAUGAUGUGGACCUUUGCGCUACUCAAGAAGGCAUGGAGUAUCGCGAGCGCGAACUCGAUAUUAUUGUCUCUCUUGGCACUGAGUGUGUUGGCGAAUGUCUUCAUGUCAGGCAAGGACGCUAGUGAGUGGUGGACGGAGAGGGGUGCGGCGAAGUAUAUGGCAAGGUUGGGGGUUGGACCUAACACGAUGAUGAGUAAGGCGGUGUUUAUUGCGGAUCUGGAUGAUGCGGUUCGGGUUGGUGGGGAGAGGCGGGAGGAGAGUCCUUGCUACUUAACAUUCCUAUCCUUAACAAACACAACCGAUCUCGACGCCCCCUUCUCCGCCUCUCACUCCCCCUCCCACUCCUCCUCCUCCUACCCCCCCCACUCCUUGCUAAUCACGCGCUCCAAAUCCUCCACUGCCUCUGCGCGUCGCCUAUUAACAGCCCGUCAGUCAUUGGCCACGCAGAGAUUUGAUCUACUGGUUGCGCUGAGGGUGGUGAAUAGAGUCGAGCGCGCGGUGGUGCAGGCGGAAUGGGAGGAGUGGGUUAGGGGGGAAGGGGGGAGGUGUGAGGCGCUUAGACGGAGGGUGGGUGGGGGGAAGGAUGCGGAGGUGGGGAAAGAGGCGCUGGAGUGGAUGUUUGGGGGGGAGGGCGGGGGGUAUUGUGGGAGUUGUUGGAGGGAGGAGGAGGGGUUGGGGGGGUAUGUGUAGAUGUUUCUUGGGUGGGAUGUGAAUAGCGUGGCGUUGUUUGAGCGGCUUGGAUAUCAUGGGGAGGUGUAUUUUAGUGUAGGAUGGAUGCAUGUAUGGGGUUAUCUAGGUGCAGUAUAGGUAUUGCGGAAAUGAGUCUUACCACUUAUCACUAUAUAUUUAUCUACACUUGUAGAACAGUCACAGAUGACCAUAGACUCAAGAGAAUUGGG